UUCGGUUUUUCUGUCAUUCGUGAAGCGGCAGGAAUCGCAUGCAAAUUCUUUCGUUUAGUGCAGUUGCAGUUUAUUUUUCAACUUUUUACUACAUUUUAAUCGUUUUAAGUCGAAAAGUGUGUAUCCACGGCUUAUUUCAAGUGUCUUUUAUAGUUAUUCGAGUUUCCUAUUGUAGCCGCUUUUUGCGCCAUUGAGGUUAUGUUUGGCAGCGGAUUGGCGACGUAAACAAAUUGCCUUCGUCGCGGCAGGUAGCGGGAAAUCCGAGGCAAAGCUCAGCGGGUAAUUUUUGCUUGAACCAUGGUGCGACGUGGCGGCGGUCAGCAUGUCACCUCGAUCCGAAUCGUCAGUGUGGACCACUACAUGCACAAGCCGGAACCCCGGUUCGAUACGUGCUAUUCGGAGUUCCGCGGAUCGAACGUGAAACAGGUGCCGGUCAUUCGAUUGUUCGGUUCGACGGCCGACGGCACGCACAGCUGCGUGCACAUUCACGGGGUGUUUCCGUAUCUGUAUGUGCCGUUCGAUGGCAACAGUGCGGAUCGCGCGGCGGUGGACCGACUGAUGUAUCAGAUUGCUUCCAGUUUGGAUAAGGCCAUCAAUGUUUCGCUGGGCAAUGCUAACUCGCCGGCGACGCACGUCUUUCGGAUUGCCUUGGUCAAGGGGAUACCGAUCUACGGUUACCACAGGAAGGAACAUCAGUUUUUCAAAAUCUACAUGUACAAUCCGCACUUAAUCCGGAAGGCAAACAAUCUGCUGAUGAAUGGAGUGAUCCUAUCGAAGGUUUUCCAAACAUUCGAGUCGCACGUGCCGUAUAUUUUGCAGUUUUUCAUCGAUUAUAAUCUGUACGGGAUGAGUUUGCUGGACGUUCCGGAUGCUGCGAUUCGGCAGCGGUCGGAAGGAGGAGAGUAUGGACAUUUGCCGAAGAUGUCCACCUCGGAGUACGAGAUCGACAUUUUGGCGGGAGAUAUUUUGAAUCGUCAUACGAUGGAGCAGGAGAAGCGUUCGGAAUACGCUAAUCCGGGCAUUGCGUCGAUUUGGAAUGACGAGAUCGCUAGGCGGGCGCUGUUGGGCAUGGAACAACCGGAAGCACUGAGUUUGUCGCAGAGUGGAAAGGUUGAAACAAUAACGGAAAGUGAUCGAUUCUUUCGAGCAGCACUAGCUGCGAAGCUUACAGAAUCAAAUGAGACAACUAGAACGGAUGAUGGCAAAGAACCUAGGAUUAAACCAUCUGUUUCGUUUUAUCCUUCGGAAGUGGCAGAUGACGAGCGCCUGUUGGAAGCAUCCUGCGUUCAGGAUCACAAACAUUUCAGCCAGUAUUCGUCGUUCAAUAUGUCGAAUACGGUGUACGAUUUUGACGGUAGCCAGGUGGACGAGGAUCGUAUUAUAAGCAUGACCCAGAAUGCGGACGCUACGUUUGCCGAAGAGGAUCAUCAACUGUUGGAUAUUAUGCGGGAGUUGGAGGAAAACGAAAAUCGUGAUUUGGAGACGGACAGCCUUUUAGCUCCACUAACUCAGCAGACUGAACGCAGAAUCACAUCAACCGGUGGAAGUGGCUUAAGCUUAUCGCAGUCGGGUAACAAGAGGCUUAAUGCUACGCUGAAUGGAGAUUUGGAGAUGCUUUCGUUGAUGGGCGACGAAAAUCCGAAAGACGAUCAAGAACAAUGUCAAGAAGACAACACACUGGACUCGGAUGAUGAAUUCCUGUUGGACUAUACUAUGAAGUUGGAUCCCAAGAGGGCUGAAGACUUGUUAAACGACAGCGACGAUGACAUACUCAACUCGAGUGCUAUUCCACAACUAGAUGGAGCAGACGAUGAACUGCUUCCUACAGUUCGAAGUAAGCGAACGAAUCAAACGAGAUCCCCGUCAGGCAUUAAAUGCAAUGGUGUAAAGAUCAACGGGCAUGGUGAACCGACGACUAAGCGCCUGAAGCAUGUUUUGGUAACGAAACUCCCAAACGAGUUUCAACCAGAAAAGGAACCAUUAACUAAUGGGGUGCAUAAGGGAAGGCCUUCGAUGAAACCGAGGAAAAAGAUCAAGCUGGACCAAUCGAACGGUUUGGAACCAAUCAUUGGCAAUGGUUUAUCCAAUGGGGCACAUGCGGAUGGUAAUGCUAGAAUUCAAGAUUGCAAUCAGUGCACAGAAAACGCAACUGUGAAGAUCGAUCUUCCGAUGCCAAAACUUAAAGAGUUGAAAGUCAAACUCUCCAUGGUGGACAUCUCAGCAUACCGGCUUCCGGUGCCAGAAUCGCCGGUAAGAAAACCCGUUCCAAAUGCCCACGUGUCACCCAUCAAAGAUCGAGAUCCCUCCCCAUACGACGUGUGUCGGUUGGCUCGCGAAUACGACUUGGCCAACAAUCACGAUCCCCAAGAGGGAUUGUCCCGGGGUCCUGUCCGACGGGGCCGCAGUCGAGGACGAGGACGGGUUCGUGGCGGUCACAGAGGGGGCCGAGCGACCCGUAGGAACCCAUCUCCGGAACCAGAACCGGAGCCGGAACCCGAACCAGAAGUGCAAGUCGAACCAGCACCGGAACCAGAACCAGAAAUCGAUGUGAUACUUUCGGAAAGAUUUCAGAAUAUAAUUAAGCUCUCGCCGAAGGUGUUGAUCACGGCGCUAAGCCAAAAGGAAGUAACGAACUUGCAGGUCAAGAAAACUGAUUCGACGCCGAUGGAUUCGAUUGAGAUUUCAAGUGAGUCGGAAUUGAUUGUCAUAAGUGAUGAAGAAUCGCGGUCGUCCGGCGAGAAACGUCUUUCGGUGCCGGAAAUGUCACAAGCGGCAGCCCAGGUUGCCGAUCGGUCACCCGUACUGCCCAAGGAUGUGUUAAGUCAUGACGAAGUGGAAGAUGAAGACGACGAUCUCAAUAUCAAAAGUUUUUACGAGCAUACGCUCGUUUUCGAUGAAUUCGAUGAGUUGGAUUCGGGUUCUGAUGGAAGCAUGAUGGAAAUCGGAAGCGAACAUUUGAUCGAUAAAAGCACCAAGUUUAUAGGCACCCUUCAAGAGAAACCACCUUCAUUGGAAGAUGCUUUAAAGGCAAUACAAGAGUUUUCUAUUCCACAAAUGGUUCAUCAAGAACCGUUCUACAGCAAUCCGGCGGAUAUUACCGGACGGAAAGAAGUCGGCCACGUUGUGCUCAACAUCGGAGGAAACCGUCUCAAUGAUUUGGAAGAAUUUCGAAGCGUGGUGAGUGAUCUGGGCUCAAUCAACCAAUUUCGACACGAAAAGUUAAGUUCAAUCUAUGGAGACAGUUUGAACGCAAUUUUGGGUGAAUCUUCUCGUCCAGAUGCCGGUAAAAUAAGAGAACUGUUGGCAACGGAACAGUCGGUUGUCGUUGAACCGGCAGCCAAGCCUCCUUCAAAGCACGAAGCCAAAGUUUGGCUUAAGGCCAUGGAGAAAAUAAAAGCUGAGGAUGAAGCGACUCCUGUGGAGCAAGAUAGCCCAAUCAAAAUCAAGAAAAUGCAAGCAAUUAUGGCCGGAGAAGGAACAACUACCUCGCAAGAUGGACAGAACAUCAAAAUCGACCACAACAGCACCCUCAAUCUAAGCUCUCUGAUUACUACCGAAAGUCCCGCAGAAUCUUCCGCUCGGAAUACGCUGGUUUCGAAAAUAUUCUCCAUGAACACUAAAUCCUCCCCCGCAAACGGGUCGUCACCUGGCGAAAAGGAACACCUUGAACUGCUGAGCUACAGCGCCCGGAGAAAGCGUCGCCGAACCAUGAAGGCACGCCUAUCGCUGAGUGCGGCAUUCAAACGGUUCCGGAAUUCUCGAGUUCACGAGGAGGAACCGAAAUCCUCCCAAGGCAGUGACGAUUUCGAUACGAUCACGCCGGGACAGCAGGACACCACCAUGACCACCGCUUAUUCGGAUGCGGAGGAAGGGCAGGACGUGGUAAAUUCUUCGCAAUAUUUGAUCGCUAGUCAAAAGUCGGAGCAUUCCGACAGUGGAGCGUCGGAUCACACUACGUUACCGCACAGUGCUGAAAUCGCCUCCAUGAAGAAACGGCUGCUCAACGGAUCACCCCUAGUGGCGCCCGAUGUCACCCAACAGGCGGAGCACUCAGGAAACAUUUCCGCCACGACGCCGACCAACAACACCUACGGCUUCAAGGUCAACUUCGAGAACCUCCAGAAAGCAAAAGCUACUUGCGAGUACAACUUCCUGACGAUCAUGUCCGUUGAAGUGCAUGUUCAAACAAGAGGCGAGCUGCAACCAAAUCCCGAGAUAGAUCCCAUUUCGGCAAUUUUCUAUCGCAUUCAUAACGACGUGCCGGAGGAUCACCGGAGGGCACCAUCCGUUUGCGGUGUGAUUCUCAACAACGCGCAAGGUUUGCUUGGAGGAUCGGAACAGGCCGACCCGUACAAGUAUAACAAGUGCAAUUAUGUGGCCGAUGUGGUGACUGUGGCGAACGAACGGGAAUUGUACGAAAAGUUCCUGAUGUUGAUCUCAUUCUGGGACCCGGACAUCUUCGCUGGGUAUGAGAUUGAGCUGGGUUCGUGGGGGUACAUUAUCCAGCGGGGAUACACAUUGGAGAUGAAUCUGAUGAAGAUGCUGUCGCGGGUACCGACGGCCGAGAAAGUUCACGUUUCCGAAGAGGAAGAGCAAGAGCUGCUGGAGAUGCAUGAGUACAGUGCAGGGUUGAAGAUUCCCGGGCGGAUACUGCUGGACAUUUGGCGCCUGAUGAGACACGAGAUAGCGUUGACGUCGUAUAGUUUUGAGAAUAUUGUGUACCAUAUUUUACAUAGACGAGUACCGUGCCAUGCUUUGAAACAAUUGACGCGAUUGUGGAAUAAACCGUACUCCAAGUGGGUCGUACUGGAAUACUAUCUGGAGCGAGUUAACGGUAAUCUGGAACUGCUGCAUCAGCUGGAUUUGAUAGGACGAACAGCGGAGUUGGCGAAACUUUUCGGGAUUCAGUUCUACGAAGUGCUUUCGCGUGGAUCUCAGUUCCGGGUGGAGAGCAUGAUGCUGAGGAUAGCGAAGCCCAGGAAUUUCGUGUCCGUUUCGCCGAGUAUACAGCAACGAGCGCAUAUGAGGGCUCCGGAAUAUCUACCGCUUAUAUUGGAGCCCGAAUCGAGGUUUUAUGCGGAUCCGCUGAUAGUGUUGGACUUUCAGAGCUUGUAUCCCAGCAUGAUCAUUGCAUACAAUUACUGCUUCUCGACGUGUCUUGGAAGAGUCGAACAUCUGGGACAAUCCGAGCCAUUCGAAUUCGGUGCUUCUCAUCUCCGACUAUCGCCACGAAUGCUCAAAGUGCUGGUAGAGAAAAAUCUGAUCACAUUUUCCCCAUGUGGCAUUGCGUUCGUAAAAUCCUCCGUCCGAGAAGGUAUCCUGCCAAGGAUGUUAAACGAAAUCCUGACCACACGCCUGAUGGUGAAAGGUUCCAUGAAACUGCACAAGGAAAACAGUAUUCUGCAGAGGGUGCUACACUCGCGACAGCUUGGAUUGAAGCUGAUUGCCAAUGUAACCUACGGGUACACGGCGGCCAAUUUUAGCGGUCGAAUGCCUUGCGUCGAGGUGGGCGAUAGCGUGGUUAGCAAGGGACGCGAAACAUUGGAACGGGCUAUCAAAAUGGUCGAAAGUACGAAACGUUGGGGUGCCAAAGUGGUUUACGGCGAUACCGAUUCGUUGUUCGUUCUCUGUCCGGGACGAACCAAAGAGGACGCAUUCAAGAUUGGAGCAGAAAUUGCCGACGCAGUGACGAAAGACAACCCUCCACCGGUGAAACUCAAGUUGGAAAAGGUUUACCAGCCGGCGAUUUUGCAGACAAAGAAACGUUACGUGGGUUACAUGUACGAAACACCGGACCAGGAGAAGCCCGUUUACGAAGCCAAAGGUAUUGAAACAGUGCGCCGCGACGGUUGCCCUGUGGUCAGUAAAAUGCUCGAAAAGGUCCUCCGGAUCCUGUUCGAAACGCGAGACGUAUCCAAAGUAAAAGAGUACACCUGUCGGCAGUUUUCGAAAAUUCUCGAAGGACGAGUCAACCUGCAGGAUUUUAUAUUCGCCAAAGAGUUUCGUGGUGAGGAUGGAUACAAGCCCGGAGCAUGCGUUCCAGCGUUGGAACUGACGCGCCGUUGGAAAGUGGUGGAUCCGAGGCGGGAACCUCGUCGGGGUGAGCGUGUUCCGUACGUUAUAAUCAACGGUCCUCCGCUAGUUCCGUUGAUUCGGCUGGUGAGAAGUCCCGAUGAGCUGCUGGCAGACAACGGGUUGAAAAUCAAUUCCAGUUACUACAUCGGAAAGGCAAUCAUUCCACCCUUGAAUCGGUGUCUGCUUCUAAUUGGUGCCGAUGUUAACCAGUGGUACAAUGAUAUGCCGCGAAGGUACCAAAUGUUACAUAACACCGGCGGAAAGCGUUCGUCACUUGCUAGCGAAUUGCAGUUACCGAAAAAGAGCACGAUCUCACAGUACUUCUCCACCACUAGCUGCAUCGGGGAUUGCGGCAAUCAGACGCACAGUGGAGUGUGUAAUGAAUGCCGCAGGCGGCCACAGAAAACAGUGACCUAUGUGAUGGAUAAGAUCAAUCGGUUGGAAAGGCGAGUCGAACUUUGCGAAAAGAUGUGUAGAUCCUGCUGUCAGCGCAAUUUCGAAACGGCAUGCAUUUCAUUGGAUUGUCCUGUGUUAUUCGUGCUGAACCAACGCACUCGCGAGCACGCCCAGGUUCAGUACUAUCGUGAUCUUGUUGAACAGAUGUUCUAAGGUAAUCAUGUAUUUACAGUAAGGCUGUUUAGUUCCUUUUUAGACAAUUUAUUUAUUCUGUUUCUAGUUUAAUUCCAUUCUACCAAAUAAAAUCAAGCAUUAGAAUCGA